AUCGGAGACCGACAGGGCGUGGCGAAUUGCCUGUGGAGCUUGGGCGACAUCCAUCGCACGCAGGGCGAGUACCCUCAGGCGAUAGAGAAGCUCACUCGGGCCCACGACGUGUCCUCCGAGAUCGGAUCCCGACAAGGCGUGGCGAAUUGCCUGUGGAGCUUGGGCGACAUCCAUCGCAUGCAGGGCGAGUACCCCCAGGCGAUAGAGAAGCUCACCCGGGCCCACGACGUGUACUCCGAGAUCGGAGACCGACCGGGCGUGGCGAAUUGCCUGAGGAGCUUGGGCGACAUCCAUCGCAUGCAGAACGAGUACCCGCAGGCGAUAGAGAAGCUCACCCGGGCCCACGACGUGUCCUCCGAGAUCGGAGAUCGGAAUGGUGCUUCAGAGGCUUUGCAGAGAUUAGGCGAGAUUGAUCGUGUCCAGGAGCAAUAUGAUCAAGCCGCGGAGAAGCUAGGGCGCGCUCUUGACCUUGCUUCUAGCAUUGGAGAUCGCUAUAACAUCGCUUGGUGUCAUAUUCACAUGGGGAACCUCGACUGCGACCGGUGUCGUUACGCUGAGGCCGUUGAGCAUAUCACGACCGCCCGGUCAUUGUUCACGGCGAUCGGACUAGAAGGCAACGCGGAAUACUGCUCAGACUUCCUUCGUGAGAUUCACGAGCUCAUGGAUGAAGAAGGUCGCGAAGGUUCUGCGACAGCCUCAGGCUCGGGCGACGACAAACUCGAAGAUGCAUGA